AUGAAAAUUCUUCUAAUAUCGGGUGCUGGAGGUGGGUCAGGAUCAUACAAUAAAAUUGAGUAUUUUGGCAGUUUCGGCGGCCCAUUUGCCAGUGAUUCAAUUGGAACUGCCUUUAAUAUUAGUGAAACAGAUGCUAAGAAAGUUAGAGGAAAAGGAGCAACAUUUUCCCGCCCAGGAGAAGGCGGCUUUUAUGUCGGUACUAAAAAAUACCCAACAAGCAUUGCAGAACCUGGUAAAUACCUGAAGGGUGGGAAUUCAAAUACAAGUGCUAGAGGCUCGUCGGGAGGUGGUGGGGCAGGAUAUUAUGGCGGUGGUGGUGGGACUGAUCUGUCAGGAGGAGGUGGGGGAAGUAGUUUCGCAUCAUAUGAGUUGUAUAAUGUCAUUCUUCUCGGUGGUGAUAAAAUAUUUUUAUCACCGACAAAUCAAACAGAAGAAGGCCAUUUUGGUCAUGGUCAUAUCCGUAUUGAACCAGCCAAUCCUUACACCAUUGACAAAAUACAAAACAAAUGUACGAAUAAAUGUGACCUUUCUCCAUAUUUAUCUAUUAGACUUUUUUUUCAUUCUUUCAAUAACUGUUUUGCUUGGAUUUUCUAUAAAUCAUUGAGAAAAGAGAUUUCCAUGAAAUAUAUUUGGGAAAUUUCAAACUCAAAGAUAUUUAUAUUAAUAUAA